AGUGUCCCAUGAUGCUUCUCGACUUAGUCCAAAGGUACAGACAACACACGUGUUGCCGCGGCUGAACGUUUUACGGUUUCUGUUGCAAACAAUCAAGUUUAAUAAUUGUCACCAGCCCUUGAGAUGACGGACCGCUACACUAUUCACAGCCAGCUGGAACAUUUGCAGUCUAAAUACAUCGGGACGGGCCAUGCAGACACUACCAAGUGGGAAUGGCUAGUGAACCAGCACCGGGACUCCUACUGCUCAUACAUGGGCCACUUCGACCUGCUCAAUUACUUUUCCAUCGCCGAGAACGAGAGCAAAGCCAGGGUCCGGUUCAAUCUAAUGGAAAAGAUGCUGCAACCCUGCGGCCCCCCAUCAGAUAAACCAGAUGAUAUGUAGAUGCAAGGACAUUUUAAUAUGAAGUACAUCUAUUAACAGUGGAAUGACGUUAAAAACUGCAGAAAGAAAAAAUAUAAGAUGUGGGAGAAAAAUGACUUUUAUUAUGUUUAUUGAACUGUUUAAGUGCAUUAGCUUGACAUGAAUGAACAAUAUUGUUUGUAUUCAGAGAAUGCCCCAUCUAGUUUAUAGCAAUUGUUUUCAGUCUUGAAUGAACUGGGUGUAAAUGUUGAUAUUUCAGCCACAUCCAGUUGACACUUACUACAUUUUUCAAUAAACUUAAGUGCAAAUUA